UACUUUCUAAGUUUCAUCUGUAUCAGUAUCAGUAACGCUUUGCAUAGCCAAAAAAAUCUGGCAACACGCCUAUUUAUAUAGGUGAGAGAAAGAGGUGGCAGUGGGGGGAGAAGUGAGAACGGUCCAGCCAAAUCCAAUCUACAUGCGGACCGUGAUCAUACGGGUGGCUGCCGCCAAAGUAUUUAUGCCGCAUUUUCUAAAGCAAAAGCUUUGCAUACAUAGAAGAUCCUUUUUUUUUUUCUAGCCUUUCGGUGCUUGAAUUCAAUUCCUCUCCCUCUUUCUUUUCCUUUUGCCUCUUCUUUUCCUGAUCACUCUUAGAAUAAUGGAAUCUGAGUGUUUCAAUUCUGCAUCAAUUCCCACCAGAUGUUAUUAUCGACAUUGGAGGAAUCUCUAAGCUCGCACAGUAAAGGAAAAAAAAAAAAGGCAAAGCCUGCUGUUUCUUACCUUUUCUUCCAAACGUUCUAUUAUUGAGUUUGAAUCUCCAAUUUUGGUCUUGAUUUCUUGCCUCUCUUCAGGCAAUUUCCGCAAUGGCCAUUGAUGUCUGUUCUGAGAUCUCCAGCGUUGGGAUCAGUCCCAGAAUCUCGUUCUCUCAUGAUCUCAACCAAAACGACGUCGUGCCAAUCGACCACUAUCAUCGCCGAUUGGAUGCCUCUCUUCUGGAUUCCGCCUCCGAUUUCGAUUUCUGCAUCGGUGAUAGCGUCGUGCAAGAGCCUUCCACCGCCGAUGAGCUUUUCUCCGAUGGUAAGAUCCUUCCAGUUGAAAUUAAGAAGAAGCUCGUUACAAUGGAGCAACUCCGGCAAGUUGAGGCCGUUCAGUCGCGUCCUCAGCGUCCUCUUCCUCCUCCUACGACGGAGACCGCCAAGAAGAUGAGAUUAAAAGAAUUCUUAUCCGUAGGUUUUGAUGAAGAAGAGAAGCCUGCAUCCAAGUCCUUCUGGCAGUUCAGACGAAGCAGUAGUCUCAAUUGUGACACCAGUCGGAACAGGAGCUUAAUUCGGUCGUUACAGUUUCUGUCGCGAAGCAAUUCGACCGGUUCAGUACCGAAUCCAAAACAAACAAUGCUUCAGAAGGAAAAUCAGAGGCAAAACUCUCAGAAGCAACCUCCUUCCAGGUCGCCAUUGUCGUCUUCCACUACAUAUUAUUCUUAUCCUUCCUCUCAGAAGCCUCCGCAGAAGAAGAAUUUCAGAUCUUACGGCGAUGGUGUACGAAUUAGUCCUGUCCUGAAUCUUCCACCUCCAUACAUUUCCAGAGCAACUGUGGGUCUGUUUGGAUUUGGUUCACUAUUCUGUAAUGGCAAGGAUAAAAAGAAGAAGAAAUGAUUUAAAUUAUGUUUUCCGUCGUGCGUGAAUCUUCAAGUACAGAUCUCAUGGUUUCAGCUUCAUGUGUAUAUGGCUAGUGAAUUAUUAUGUUAUCAAACUCUGUAUGCCUGAAAUUUCAAAGUGAGGUGAAAGUUUUCAGAAA